CACUCUCUAUCAUCAUAUAGUAUUCAUAAAACCUGGUGGUUCGGUUCCAUAUUUAUAAAAUACACUUCUUAAAUCACACGGGAUUUUUAUAUAUUUUGCACAUCCGUUACUAAACUCUCACUCUCCGUCAGUCAUCAUCAGCUGUGUGAGCAACAAACAGAAUUCGAAACUACUCACUAAACAGUCAUUACUUACACUCAUACUAAAAUUGUGUAUGGUUUAUUAAGACUUUUUAUCAAGCUGCUUAUAGAACACUUGUUUCAUACGCUCGUUGAUCGUUGAAGAAGCAACACGCUCUCAUAUUAACAAACGGAACGAACGGUUUAACAGAAAAAAAUACAAUAAAUAAAAUAUUUGUGAACAGAACUGAACGUUAAAAAUUACGUGAAAUCUAAGGAAAAACAAAACAAACGUGAAUUUAAAAAAUAAUAAAAAUUAAAGUGAAGUGAAGAUCUUUAUUAAAGAAAUAAAUAAAAAAAAAGACUAUUUAAUAGCAAAUAAAAUAAACAAAAGUGCUUUAAUUUAUAUUAAAACCUAAAAGCCAGCAAAAUUAAUAAAACCAAUAAUAAUUUAUAUAAAAUGGUUACCGGUGUUUGUGGACCCACAAUGACAGCCAAUGUAAUUGGAGCACCCAUCUCUCAUCCACCCAAGGAGACACCCGCUAAAAGCGAUCGUCGUUCUAACAAACCCAUUAUGGAAAAAAGACGACGUGCCCGCAUUAACAACUGUUUAAAUGAAUUGAAAACUUUAAUUUUAGAUGCCACCAAAAAAGACCCUGCUCGUCAUUCCAAAUUGGAAAAGGCUGAUAUCUUAGAAAAGACUGUUAAACAUUUACAAGAAUUACAACGUCAACAGGCCGCCAUGCAACAGGCUUCCGAUCCCAAAGUCAUUAACAAGUUCAAAGCUGGUUUUGCCGACUGUGCCAAUGAGGUCAGCCGUUUCCCCGGUCUAGAGCCCGCCGUCAAACGUCGUCUCCUGCAACAUUUACAAAAUUGCAUUAAUGGCGUCAAGACCGAAUUGCAUCACCAUCAACGUCAAGCCAGUGCCGCCUCAGUGGCCGUCCAACAAUUGCACGGACAAAUCUUGCCCUCACCACCCUCCUCGCCCGAACAAGAUCAUCAUCAUGUGCAGCAACAGCAUCAGUACAUCAUGAGCUCGCAAAUACAACAAACACCUCAUGGCUAUUUCCUGCCCAAUGGCUUGCAAGUGAUACCCACCAAAUUGCCAAAUGGCACAAUUGCCCUGGUGUUGCCACAACAACAGCAGCAGCAACCUCAACAGCAAGCUGCUCCCAUGUUGGUGCCCAUACCCUCGCGCACAGCCUCCACCGGAUCGGCUUCUUCGCACAGCUCCUAUGAGCAAUCGUAUUCCAGCAACUCCGCCAUGAUGCAUUUUGCUCCUCCCAGUCCAGCCAACUCUCAUGAAGCCAUGGACUACAAACCCUCUGUUAUACAUCAUGCCCCCGCCCAACAACACUACCACAACAACCAACAGCCCUUGGCUUUGGUCACCAAAAAACAAAUCAAAGAAGAAGAGCAGCCUUGGCGUCCCUGGUGAGAGGUGUGAGGUGAUGUUAAUGGAAGUUAACGUUUGCUUAGAACCAAAGUGUUUUUCGAGGACACCAAGACUUCUUCUCAACUCGCUCUCCCACUCGCUGCAUUACUGAAAAUGACUGGCAUGAUGGCCGAUAAAUCAUGAAUGAGGGUCGCCACACAACCAUGGUCAUUUUGGGGCAGUCUAACCAAAAAAGUCAUCCGUACGUAAAAUGACUGGCGUGCUCAACAACAACAAAAACAACCAAAAGAAUUUUGUAAAGAACUGGAACUAAUAGAACACGUCGCUUUUACAUUUACACUUACACGCACUCUUAAAACAGGGGCAUAAUUAAAUAUAAAAAGCCUACAAAACAAAUAAAAACUAAGGAAAGUUUUACUCUUCAUUCUCUCUCAAAAACACCCACGCACUCAUCAUCACACGUAAACCCACACUUAAGCAUUUUCGCUAAAACGGAAAAUGUCGCAAAUCAUAAGUUCAUUUCAACAACAAGCCAGCAAGUGAGCCAGCAUCAUGACAUCAAAAA